UUCCUCUCCCAGGCCCCAGCACAUGUGCUGUCUGUCAGAGCCUGGUCUCGGUUAUUUUAGCUCUGCUCAUAGCUCUGCUCUCUGUGUGUGAGAGAGAAGGAAUGGGACGGAGGCUGUCCAGCUCUGCGCUCUGCCUGAGGCACAACCACUAGCAAGCCAUUAUGGCCACCCCUUUCUGGCUCACCUCCUUCCUGCUGGCCAUGUUGUGGGCUCAGCAGGAUGUCUGUUGCUCUGAAGAGGAGGUCCAUAGCAGCCCCCCAGUACUGCAUCUAAAGCAGCAGAAGGAUGGGACAGGAAGGGUGAAGAGGGCUUGGGUGAUCCCUCCCAUCAGCGUGUCAGAGAACCAUAAGCGGCUCCCCCAUGUUUUGGUGCAGAUUAAAUCAGACAAGCAGCAGCCCGGAGGUGUGAUCUACAGCAUCAAGGGUCCAGGAGUGGAUGAAGAUCCCAAGGGUGUGUUCUCCAUCGAUAAACGCAACGGGAAAGUCUACCUCAAUACUGUGCUGGACCGCGAAAAGAAUGACCGCUUUCGGCUCAGGGCCUUUGCACUAGACCUGAGUGGAGUUCCACUGGAGGAUCCCACAGACCUGGAGAUUCUGGUCAUGGACCAGAAUGACAACCGGCCCCUCUUCCGGCAGGCUGUGUUUGCUGGGCACGUGAUGGAAGAAGCUCCCCCAGGUACCUACGUGAUGACAGUAGAAGCCACAGACGCAGACGACCCUGAGACAGACAAUGCCGCAGUGAGAUAUUCCAUCCUGGGACCAGAGAUGGGAAACGUCUUCACCAUUGACGAGCUGUCAGGGGAAAUUCAAACAGCCCGAGCUGGGUUUGACCGGGAGGUCAUCGGCAUUUACAACCUGACGCUCCAAGUGGCAGAUAUGUCCGGAGAGGGUCUGGCCACCACCGCCACAGCCGUUAUCUACGUGGAUGACAUAAAUGAUAACCCGCCCGAGUUCACGGAGAAAGAGUUCUCCAUGGAGGCCCCUGAGAACAAGCAAGGUGUGGUCAUUGGGCGGGUGCUGGUCCAAGACAAGGACCUCCCUGGUUCUCCCAACUGGUUGGCUAAGUUCACCAUUCUGGAGGGGGACCCCAACGGGGCUUUCGCCAUCCACACCGACCCCCUCACCAACGAUGGCGUCAUCUCCCUGGUGAAGGCCCUCAACCAUGAAGAACGGGACCGGUUUGAACUGCUUGUCUCUGUCCAGAACCAAAGUCCCCUGGAGCUGUCUGCCCCCAAGGCUGCCAGGGCCUUGACCACAGUGCGGGUGCGCGUGCUCGAUGCCAAUGAAGCCCCCUUCUUCCGGGAGAAUCCCUGGAGGGGAAGCGUGAAUGAAGGUGCGCCCCCUGGCACAGAGAUAACCCUCUACCGUGCCAGUGACCCAGACACCCAGCAAGGGCAGCAACUCAGGUACUUCCAGGCCUCUGACCUGGCCAGCUGGCUGCAAGUGGACCCUGACUCCAGCCUGGUGCAGACACGACAGACGGUCCCCCCACGCUCAACAUUCCCAGGCGGCUGGUACACCUUGCAGAUCCUGGCCAGCGAUAAUGGAAACCCGUCCCUGACAGCUACGGGGACCCUGUCCAUUGAGGUGCUGGAAGUCAACGACCAUGCUCCUCUUCUGCUUCCGGUGACUAGCGAGCUAUGCAGCCAGGGCGGACGCCUGGUGCUGAGCGCCACUGAUGACGACCUGGCUCCCCACGCUGAGCCCUUCCACUUUCGCCUCAGCCCUGACAUAGCUCAGAAUUGGACUCUCGGACACAUCAAUGACACCCAUGCACUGCUGCAGACUGAAGGAGAAGUGGACCUAGGGCUCCACGCCCUGCCGCUGCUUAUCAGUGACUCGGGGACGCCGCCCCAGGUGCGAGAGCAGCUCCUGAAUGUCUCUGUGUGCCCCUGCGACAAGUGGGGCUCCUGCCAGGCUCACGUUGCUGCUGUGGUGGGUGCUGUGGCAGGCCUGAGUUUCGGGGCCUUGAUGAUCAUCCUGAGCUGCACCAUCCUGCUCCUGCUCCUGGCCUUGCUGGUGGCUGCGCUGGAGCAUUCCCGCCGUCAGGCCUUCCACAAGGGUCUCCUGGGGGGCUCUCAGGAUGACUUGAGGGACAACAUUGUCAACUACAACGAACAAGGAGGUGGAGAAGAAGACCAGGAUGCCUACGACCUCAACCAGCUGCGCAACCCUGACCUCUUCCCCCCACCAUCUCUUCGGAGCAAGCCGCCGCACCGGAGGGACGCCCCCUACAGCUACGGCCUGCCUCAGUACCCCCGGCGGCUACCUGCCUGUCCUUCCGACAUAGAGGACUUCAUCAACGAGGGCCUUGAGGCGGCCGACAGUGACCCGAGUGUGCCUCCAUACGACACAGCGCUCAUCUACGACUACGAGGGCGAAGGCUCGGCCGGCGGCUCGCUCAGCUCCAUCCUCUCCAGCUUGGCCGAUGAAGACCAGGAUUAUGACUAUCUCAACGAAUGGGGCCCACGAUUCCGGCGCCUGGCAGAGCUGUACGGUCAAUAGCGGGGGUAGGG